GCCUUACUUACCCAGUAGCGAAUGUAUCUCUCCACGAGCGGUUGUUUUUAUGUGCGCGCGUGAAUUUUUAUAGUAUGGCCGCCGGGUUUGUCGGCUCUACAAAGAAUUUUCCGUUUUCUUUUGAUGUAGAUGUUGAAGAGGAAGAAAAUGAGGGAAGCACACCACAUCUCAGCAAAAGAAUAGGCAGCGAGAGCCCAACGAACACCGUCGGGGCGGAGGCGCCGCGAGAACUCCCCAACGAGUUAUCAGCGCCCUAUGAAGUCCCACAGUUCCCGAUUGAGCAAAUUGAAAAGAAGCUCCUCAUCCAGCGGCAGCUUAACGUCAAGGCCGCAGAAUGCGGUCAGUCAGCGCGGUCGUUCGCCGGCAGCGAGGCGGGCGGCGCGGCCUCCGUGUUCGAGGAGGCGGCCCGUUUUCGCGGAGACGAAGAUGAAUUCGAUGUCAUCCUACCACACUUUCAGAGGGUGGCGAUAAGCGGGGAGGAUACGUCCGGGGUACCGCUGGAAGACUUGCAGCAGGCGUCGUCGUACCUGGUGCAGGCGCUGGAGAUCCGCAAGCGGUACAUGGACAUGUCGCAGCAGAGCUUCGCCAGCAUCACGGCGCGCUUCCUGCGCAGCAUCGACUCGGACGCCGCCGCGCACCACGCGCCCGUCGCGCGCGCGCCCCGGAACAUCAUCGCCGACCACAUCGUGCACCCCCCGUUCAAGGACAACAAGGAUCCCUGGGAAGGUCCAACGCCAGAGGCGAAGGGCUAUCUGAUCAGACCCGACAACGGCGUGUUCAACUUAUAUAAGAAGACGGAGAACGGGGAGCAGAGGGUCCCCUACGACUACAUCAACUUGGCUCAGUACAUCCAGGACAAGAACACCAUGUGCAACAUGAUAGCUGAUGGCCCUCUCAAGUCGUUCUGCUACCGGCGGCUGAGCUACCUGUCGUCCAAGUUCCAGCUGCACGUGCUGCUCAACGAGUUGCGCGAGCUGGCCUCACAGAAGGCCGUGCCGCAUCGGGACUUCUAUAACAUACGGAAAGUUGAUACGCACAUACACGCCGCGUCAUGUAUGAACCAGAAACACCUCCUACGGUUCAUCAAGAAGACUCUCAAGAACCACGCGGACGAGGUGGUGACACUACACAAGGGAACGCCGAUGACCUUGAAAGCUGUGUUCCAAUCCAUGAACCUCAGCACUUACGACCUGACCGUCGACAUGUUGGACGUACACGCGGACCGUAACACGUUCCACCGCUUCGACAAGUUCAACGCCAAGUACAACCCCAUCGGGGAGAGUCGUCUGCGAGAAGUGUUCCUCAAGACGGACAACUACAUGAACGGGAAGUACUUCGCAAGGAUCAUUAAGGAGGUGGCGUCCGACCUGGAGGAGAGCAAGUACCAGAACGCUGAGCUGCGCCUCUCCAUCUACGGGAAGAGUGCGACCGAGUGGGCCAAGCUCGCCAAGUGGGCCAUCGCCUACAACGUGCACUCCAACAACGUGCGCUGGCUCAUACAGAUACCGCGACUAUACGACAUCUUCAAGUCGAACAAGAUAAUGAACAACUUCCAAGAGUUCCUCAGCAACAUCUUCCAGCCUCUCUUCGAGGUCACCAACGACCCGAACAGCAACCUUGAACUACAUAAAUUCCUCACGCACGUGGUCGGCUUCGACAGCGUGGACGACGAGUCGAAGCCCGAGAACCCCAUGCUGGACGCCGACGUGCGCUUCCCCCAGCAGUGGGACGACGAGGAGAACCCGCCCUACGCCUACUACCUCUACUACAUGUACGCCAACAUCACCGUGCUCAACCGCUUCCGGAAGGAGCAGGGCCUGAACACGUUCGUGCUGCGGCCACACUGCGGCGAGGCGGGCGCCGUGCAGCACCUCGUGUGCGGGUUCAUGCUGGCCGAGAACAUCUCGCACGGCCUGCUGCUGCGGAAGGUGCCGGUGCUGCAGUACCUGUACUACCUGGCGCAGAUCUACAUCGCCAUGUCGCCGCUCAGCAACAACUCGCUGUUCCUGAACUACCACCGCAACCCGCUGCCCGAGUUCCUGGCGCGCGGGCUGUGCAUCACGCUCAGCACGGACGACCCGCUGCAGUUCCACUUCACCAAGGAGCCGCUGAUGGAGGAGUACAGCAUCGCGGCGCAGGUGUGGAAGCUGAGCUCGUGCGACAUGUGCGAGCUGGCGCGGAACUCCGUGCUCAUGUCGGGCUUCCCGCACGAGAUGAAGCAGUACUGGCUGGGCCCCAACUACACGAAGGAGGGCGUGGCCGGCAACGACAUCACGCGCACCAACGUGCCCGACAUACGCGUGUCCUUCCGCUACGAGGCGCUGCUCGACGAGCUCACCAACAUAUUCAAGGAAGGAAUGUCGAGCCGCAGAUAAAUGCAAGGAGCGCAUACAACUUACAUAGCGUCGACAUUAACCGAUAUAAUCAUGUCUGUAACCGACACUAAAGCGGAGCCGAGACAUUCGCGUCAGCGACCGAUACCGGUGUUAUACAUUAGUGUUGUAUAAGAUAUCCCCCAAUGUGAUAAUUCGGUGACUGUAAAACAAGUGCCAUUCGCUGUAGUUAGAGUUCACACGGAACAAGGAGUGUGUUAGAAGUGACACAAAUAUUUAUUAGCUGUUGCCCUCUCGCGACGUUUCCUAUCUUACCUUGCUAUGAAAUUGUAACACAUCUAUUGGCACGCCAAGGGCUUUGUAUGUCAUACCGGGAAGCGGCAUAACACUUACGCCGCCAGCCCCCUCCGCCGCCCCUAUACGCCCACGUGUGCCGCGAGUACUAUAUAGUUCGUUGAUAUAUUAUUAUAAUAAUAAGAAAUAUAUAUUUAUUUUAUUUAUUGCUUUUCUAUAACCAUAAUCGCAAUCCGUAACGACAACAUUUUUAUUUAACUAUAAUCUGCAUAUUCCUUUCUUUGUAUGCACAUGUAUAACGAAAAAGCAAUGAAUACUCGUAAAUCAAACGCUAGGCCUAUUUGUAUAUAAUCGUGGCUUAGCGGUCGUUUAGUUAAACACUGAUGUAGCACUUUCUGUCAUUAUUGAUGAGACUGCCGCUUUGGUCGACUGGCUUGAUGUAAGGCCGCAGAUCCGAAGGUCCUGGGUUCAAUUCCCAGGACGGGUCAGUAAAAAGUUAUUGGGUUUUUCUGUCAGAAAAUUCUCAGUAGCAUCCCGGAGUCUGGAAGUUGGAAGUGUGUACACUCCCGUGCCUCGGAAAGCACGUGAAGCCGUUGGUCCUGCGCCUGAACUCUUUCCGGUCAUGUCGGAUUGCCGUCCCAUCGGAAUAGAGAGUGCACUUGUGUUUGCGCACUAUAAUAUCUCCUGUGCAGUUGGCUAAUCUCUCUUGAGAUUUGCCGCCGUGGCCGAAAUCGGUCUCGAGGAUAUUAUUAUCAUUAUUGAUUUCCUAUUUGAAAGAAGAAGACAGCAUUGUUUAACAAAUCACCCGCUAAACACCGUUUAUAAGUAAGGUGUGAUUGCAAUUCAAUAAAAAUGUAUUCAAUCUAGAAUAACUCAUUGUAUAUACAGACUAAAAGUCCAAGCUAAAAUUCAUAUUAAAAAUACUAAUUUAAUACUAAAAUUAAAAACACAGUGUUCGUUAACAAUUAUAUAAUUGUAAAUACAUAAAUGUAUUAUUAUAUGUAGGCAGACACUGCACAUUCCAUCAAUGUAUUGCAUGUGUAAAACUAUAGCAUAUCCACCAUACGUACAUCAAACGUGACCUAACGAUUCGCGUGCAAAUCAGUACUCAGUGCUAGAAAUCAAUGCAAACGUUACAUAUAGAAACGUUGAGAACAAAUUCGACUUUGAAAUUUCGCCAACGUCGCUUUCCAAGGUUUUAACCUUAAAACUAAAUGCUUAAAUGUGUAAUACUCAUUUCUAUAGCACUCUCUGUUCCGUGGUCGUUUCCUCGCUAGAGGUAGAAUAACUUAGGCUAGAUGAUUGACAAUAUAAACAAUUUGAAAUUAUACGGUCGCCUUCCCCGUUGUUGGAAAUUUGAUUGACUUUUUUGUCUGUGAUCUAAUUUCUUUUUAUUUUACUUCCAUUUCCAACCGAACUUAAUCAAUGUUAUAAGCAUAUUGUAAUAUUAGUAGAUUAAAAAUAUUUUUUUUUUGUAAAUUUUAAUUAUUGAUUUGAAAGGAAUUGAAAUUGAAUUCUACUUACAUGAUAUGUAAUCUAAAGCUUAUAUGUUUUCUAAUGCUUUUAAAUUAAUAAAUAAUCCUCAUUAAAAUUAUAGCAACAACAAAGUACUUUAUAUAUAUAGUUUAUAUAUUAUAGUACUUUAUAUAUGUAUAUAUUUCAAUGUUUUUUUAACAAGGUGUAUUUUUUUUAUUUCAUCUUUAAUUUUACAACAAAUUUUUACUGUAAUUUUCCAUUGGGUGUUCGGGCUAUUAUAUGUAAACAUCAGUUUUCUUUUAUAUGUUUCUUGGUGGUAGUUCUUUGUGCAAACCUCUGGGUAGAUACUACCCAAUCAUCACAUAUUCUACCGCCAAGCAGCAAUAUUUAGUAUUGUUGAGUUCCGGUUAGAAGGGUGAGUGAGCCAGUGUAACUACGCGCACAAGGGACAUAACAUCUUAGUUCCCAAUGUGAUAUAUUGGUGAUGUAAGAAAUGGUUAUUAUUUCUUACGGUGCUAAUGUCUAUGGGUGGUGGUGACCACUUUCCAUUAGGUGGCCCAUCAGCCCGUCCACCAGCCUAUAUAAUACAAUGUUAAUGUUUGAAAUUUAAUGUUUGUUUAUCGCAUUUUUGAUGAUUCUAAUGAUAGUGGAGUGUUUUAACCAUAAAUUAAUGUCUGACCACUAAGAAGAUGCGUUCCUGAACGUCUGUCCGAUUUUUUAUUUUAAAAACAUUUAAUAUCGUUUAUUUUCUCUAUAACGAACAAUGUCAUAAAAUAUAUAUCAUUAUUUAAAUUUAAAAAUUUAAUUUUAUAGUAAAUUAAAUAAAUAAGUAAACGAUAUAAAUAAACAUGGCGUGUUACAAUGUUCUAUCAAACAUCUAUUGGUUUGUAUCAAUCAUGAACAAAUGACAGAUGUCAGCAACGCAUGUUCUCAGCGAACGGAGUCAGUACCUCAUGACAUUGGAAAUCCUAAUUCCUAAGUCCUGUAUUUUAAUUUUGCCAUAUAUUUUAUUUCAUAUUAUGAAACAUGCUCUAAAAAUUGUAUUUGAUGUUUGUUCCAAUGUUUGAGCCAACGUUUUCGCUUGUGAUGUUUGCUUUUACCAUUCAAUCAUUGUGUAUCUUUUGCUAAGAUCACUUAUAUACUAAUCACAUUUGUCAACAGCUUGAUCGCUUCAUUUCCCGAAUACGUGUUCUGAAACUUGUAUUAGCUUUUAAUAAACAUUCACUGUUUGUUGUAAUGCUUUCGUGUAUGUUUUUCUUGUUGGGAAUAUUUUUGGAAUGCCUACAAUGCUCUCGGCAUAGACAAUAAUAAAUUAAUCUUAAUUCGUAAUAAAUCAAUCGAUAGAGAAACGUAACAUUUUGUUCAAUUUAUCAAUCAGGGCUGCCAACUUUCGGAUUUUACCUCUAAAUUUUUAAUACAAGUUAUGUCAAUUAGGAGUUUUCUUUGACCAUCAUGUGACAUAAAACUAAACAUUUUUCUGGUUUCUUAUUCAACUUAAAUUAAAAUAAUGAAAUAUAAAAUUGUUUAACAUUCAUUUAUAUAUUAAUUUUGAAUUAAACGUAGAGGUAAAACCUUGCAAAGGUCAGCAGCAACUUUGUAGGCAAUCUAAAAAAUCCACAAGAGAAAGUAUAUAUGAUUACUUAUAGUCUAUAUUUAAUUCCAAAUAAGUUAUGAAGCAUUUUAAUGUAAAGUUAAUGUACUUAAUCAAAUUGGAAGGAAAUUAUAUAAAAAAAUUGUUACAUCACUUAUCAUAUUUACACAUUAUACACGAGGGUGUACUUUAUCAUGUUGUUGGAAAUAAAACUGCUCACAUACAAUCGUCUUGUAAUUUAAUACCAUCACCACGGUAUAAAUGUUGAAGGGUGGAUGUCGUUUUUAUACAUAUUAUUAUAUAUC